GUCGUCACUCAGCUAAGAUUUUUCACUCUCACCUUUUACACAAUCGGGAGAGAUAUAUUCUAUACGAAGCUGGAGAGAGAGAGAGAGAGCUCGGCUGCUGCAAUCUUCUCAGAAUAUUAAUAUAAGAAAGCAUUGCUAGUCUGUGGGAUUGGCACUUUAAAAACAGUUGCCCAAGAUGGCAAAUUUGGCUUUAACUGGUAUACUGGAAAAGAUGACUGGCAAAGAUAAGGACUACAGAUAUAUGGCAACUUCUGAUUUGCUAAAUGAGUUAAACAAAGAGGGAUUUAAACUUGAUUCUGAUCUUGAGAUGAAGUUGUCAAAUAUUGUCCUACAGCAACUGGAUGAUGCAGCUGGUGAUGUAUCUGGGUUAGCUGUAAAAUGUCUUGCUCCGCUGGUGAAGAAAGUCCGUGAGCAACAAGUUGUGGAGAUGACCAGUAAGCUAUGCAAUAAACUACUUAAUGGAAAAGAUCAGCAUCGUGACAUUGCAAGUAUCGCUUUGAAGACUGUUAUCUCUGAAGUGCCUAGCUCAUCUGUUGCACAAUCUAUUCUUGUUUCCAUCUCCCCACAACUGAUUAAAGGAAUAACUGGCUCGGGAUUGAGUACAGAGAUAAAGUGUGAAUGCCUCGAUAUUUUAUGUGACGUUCUUCACAAAUAUGGGAAUCUGAUGGUGUCAGACCACGAGCUGCUAUUAGGUGCAUUAUUGCCCCAGUUGAGUUGCAACCAAGCCACCGCUCGCAAGAAGACUGUUUCAUGUAUUGCAUCUCUGGCUUCAAGCUUGUCAGAUGAUUUGUUGGCAAAGGCAACAGUAGAAGUUGGCAAGCUUUUGAAAAAUAAGGGAACAAAGCCUGAAAUGGCCCGCACAAACAUUCAGAUGAUUGGGGCUCUAAGCCGGGCUGUUGGUUACCGUUUUGGUCCGCAUCUUGGAGAUUCUGUACCAGUAUUGGUUAAUUAUUGUACAAGUUCAUCAGAGAAUGACGAGGAGCUUCGUGAGUAUAGUUUUCAGGCUUUAGAGAGCUUUCUGCUCAGGUGCCCCAGGGAUAUAUCUUCCUACUGUGAUGAGAUUCUUCAUCUUACUCUAGAAUAUCUUAGCUAUGAUCCUAAUUUCACUGAUAACAUGGAGGAAGAUACUGAUGAUGAGAGUCAUGAGGAGGAAGAAGAUGAAGAGAGUGCAAAUGAAUAUACAGAUGAUGAAGAUAUUAGUUGGAAGGUUAGAAGAGCUGCUGCUAAAUGCUUAGCUGCUUUGAUUGUAUCCCGUCCUGAGAUGCUCUCAAAGCUUUAUGAAGAGGCCUGUCCGAAGUUAAUUGAUAGGUUUAAAGAAAGGGAGGAGAAUGUUAAGAUGGAUGUAUUCAAUACUUUUAUUGAAUUGCUUCGCCAGACAGGAAAUGUCACAAAGGGGCAAAUUGAUGUAGAUGAGACAAGUCCAAGAUGGUUAUUGAAGCAAGAAGUACCCAAGAUUGUUAGAUCUAUCACGAGGCAGUUACGCGAGAAGUCUAUUAAGACAAAGGUUGGUGCGUUUUCAGUUCUGAAAGAACUUGUUAUUGUCUUGCCUGAUUGCCUUGCAGAUCAUAUUGGGUUGCUUAUUCCUGGAAUUGAAAAAGCCUUGUGUGACAAAUCUGCAACAUCAAAUUUGAAGAUUGAGGCCCUGAUAUUUACAAAACUAGUAUUGGCUUCCCACGUGCCUUCUGUUUUUCACCCUUAUAUUAAGGCACUUUCUUCUCCUGUUUUAUCUGCUGUUGGUGAGCGCUAUUACAAAGUUACUGCUGAGGCAUUAAGAGUAUGUGGGGAACUUGUUCGUGUUGUAAGGCCUAACUUUGAGGUCUAUGGUUUUGAUUUCAAGCCCUAUGUUCACCCCAUAUAUAAUGCCAUCAUGUCACGAUUAACAAAUCAAGAUCAAGACCAGGAGGUUAAGGAGUGUGCAAUUUCUUGCAUGGGACUUGCCAUUUCAACAUUUGGUGAUAACCUCAAAGGCGAACUGCCAUCAUGCCUUCCAGUUCUGGUUGAUCGGAUGGGGAACGAGAUAACCCGUCUUACUGCUGUGAAGGCUUUUUCUGUCAUAGCUGCUUCGCCACUGCGGAUAGACCUCUCAUGUGUUCUAGAGCAUAUUAUUGCAGAGCUAACUGCAUUCUUACGGAAGGCUAACAGGGCACUGAGACAGGCAACACUGGGGACAUUGAAUUCUCUAAUUGUUGCCUAUGGUGAUAAAAUUGGGCCAGCUGCUUAUGAAGUCAUUAUUGCUGAACUUUCAACUUUGAUAAGUGACUCAGACUUGCAUAUGACGGCACUAGCCCUCGAACUCUGCUGCACCUUGAUGGCUGACAGAAAGUCAAUACCUAAUGUUGGUUUGAGUGUUAGAAAUAAAGUUCUCCCUCAGGCACUGACAUUAAUAAGAAGCUCGUUGCUGCAGGGGCAAGCCCUUUUGGCUUUACAGAACUUCUUUGCUGCCUUGGUUUAUUCUGCCAACACAAGUUUUGAUGCUUUGCUUGACUCUCUUCUUUCAACUGCUAAACCGUCCCCUCAGUCUGGAGGUGUUGCAAAACAAGCAUUGUUUUCGAUAGCUCAGUGUGUAGCUGUUCUUUGUCUUACAGCGGAUGAUCAGAAGUGUUUUUCUACGGUAAAAAUGCUUACAGAUAUCCUAAAAGAUGAUACCAGUUCCAAUUCGACUAAGCAACACCUUGCCUUGCUAUGUUUGGGAGAGAUCGGGAGAAGAAAAGAUCUAAGCUUGCAUGCACAUAUAGAAAAUGUUGUUAUUGAGUCUUUCCAGUCUCCUUUUGAGGAGAUCAAGUCUGCUGCAUCUUAUGCUCUUGGAAAUAUUGCUGUUGGUAAUCUGUCAAAAUAUUUGCCCUUUAUUUUGGAUCAAAUUGAUAACCAGCAAAAGAAGCAGUAUCUUCUGCUUCAUUCUUUGAAAGAGGUUAUAGUGAGGCAAUCUGUGGAUAAAUCUGAGUUUCAGGAUUCCAGUGUUGAAAAGAUACUUAAUUUGCUUUUCAACCACUGUGAAAGUGAGGAAGAGGGUGUUCGCAAUGUGGUAGCUGAGUGUCUGGGUAAAAUUGCACUUAUUGAACCUGGAAAACUCAUUCCUGCUCUGAAGGAACGCACAACCAGUCAGGCUGCAUUUACCAGAGCAACUGUUGUCAUUGCUGUAAAAUAUUCGAUAGUUGAGCGCCCUGAAAAGAUAGAUGAUAUAAUAUACCCUGAGAUAUCAUCAUUUUUUAUGCUUAUUAGAGAUCAUGAUCGGCAUGUUCGGCGGGCAGCCGUCAUGGCUUUAAGUACAGCAGCUCACAAUAAGCCUAACCUCAUUAAAGGCCUCCUUCCUGAAAUAUUGCCACUUCUUUACGAUCAAACUAUUAUCAAGCAAGAAUUGAUAAGAACAGUUGAUCUCGGUCCAUUCAAGCAUGUAGUCGAUGAUGGACUUGAGUUGAGGAAAGCGGCAUUUGAAUGCGUAGACACAUUGUUGGACAGUUGCCUUGAUCAAGUCAAUCCUUCAUCUUUCAUUGUCCCCUACCUUAAAUCUGGUCUAGAAGAUCACUAUGAUGUCAAAAUGCCUUGCCAUUUGAUUCUUUCAAAACUUGCAGACAAGUGCCCCUCUGCUGUAUUGGCAGUAUUGGACUCGCUGGUUGAUCCUCUCCUGAAAACUAUAAGCUUUAGGCCAAAGCAAAAUGCUGUUAAGCAAGAAGUGGAUCGUAAUGAAGACAUGGUUAGAAGUGCUUUUCGAGCAAUUGCUUCCCUGAAUCGCAUAAGUGGAGGAGACUGCAGUCACAAGUUCAAGAACCUCAUGAGCGAAAUAUCGAAAUCUCCAACGUUAUGGGAGAAGUAUUGUGCUAUCCGAAACGAGUGACAGAGAUGACGAAGAUGAUGCUGAAUCCUCCCGGCUUGGGUAGACUGACUUCCUCCUGCAAGGAGGAGCCAGAUAAAAGAAGCUGUCCUGUUCUUGCUGUCCGCAGGAUAAGUAGUACAUUAGAGGGAAAGGUUAAUCAGUUAAGAGUGGUUAUUUGCAACCAAAAAUGAAGAUAAAAUAGAGAACUGAUAUGGGCAUGGAAUGUCAUGGCACGGCACGGCACUUGGAUGGGGUUUAUAUAUAAAGGGAAAAACUUCUACUGUUGUUGUGAAGACUGGUCAUUGUCCUUUGUAUAGGGUCAGGAUAUACCCUUAAAUUGAGUUUUGUCAUCCUCAGCAUUCUUCUUACAAUGUGGUUUCCCCCCCCCCCCCCCGUAUCUUGCAGCUUCUUAUAGAUUCUCAUAUAUUUUGAGCAUGUAACCGCUAUUUUUACUCAAAAAGACUAAUUUUAAUGUAUGCACUUUAUCAAA